AUGGUGGACGAAGAAGAUGACUCCCGGCUCAGCUCGAGCAAGGGAGACAAGAACAAGAACCUAUCCCAUGUGCCGUGCAAGUUCUUCCGACAAGGAGCCUGCCAGGCCGGUGACUCGUGUGUCUUCUCGCACUCAGUAGAGACAUCGCUCCAGCAGGCACCGUGCAAGUACUUCCAGAAGGGCACGUGCAAGUUUGGAGUGAAAUGCGCCCUCGCCCACAUUUUGCCCGAUGGCCGAGUUCUCAACCCGCGAUCGCAAAACUACCGUGAUGGCUCUCGUCGAAGACGCUCCUCCAUGCACCAAAAUGCCCAGAACAAUGCAGCACCCGGAGGCCCCUCCUCCGGUCCAGUCAACGUGCCUCCUCAGGUGCCUUCGCCACUGCCCGAAGACAACCCCACCAGAUCGCUGUACUCAGUCUAUGUGAACGAAGAACAGACUGUGGGCUCCCCUGGCAAUCAUCUGCUGGUGGGCACGCCCACUACAAAGACGGAACGAACCACCUCCAUCUGGUCGGAACACCAUGUGUCGUCGCGACUCAACUCCUUCAAUGAGUCCAAGCCCUCUCUUGGCCCUAUUGGAAAGAGUGGUCCUGGAAACGAUUGUGCUAUCGAUGACGACGAUGAGGCCGAUGCAGCGGCAGUGGAGGACGAUGAUGCGGGCGAGUACAUUGAAGAGGACUUUUUCCCCUCGUCGUUGUCGGAUCUGCUGACGCCACAGGAACGAAAGCGGAGAGGAUCUCGUCCGUCUUCGUCCAACCUGCCCCGACCCAUCGGCCUGACCAUGGCCGCCAACGCGCAGCAGGCCCGCACUAAUUCCGUUUCACACGCCAGUCACACUAACGGCAAUUCCAUCCCGCUAGCCACCUCAUUGGGCACAUCUCUGGGCUCUAACAUCUGGUCUCCCCCUGGUGAGGGCUCGCCUCGGUUCGGCUCCUUCUUCCAGCAGUACUACGGCCGAGAAAACGGAGCCAAGCCACCUGUGGCCAUGUCUCCUGGUGGCUCUUCCCUCAAGAAUAUGUCGAAUCUGGCGGCAUAUCUGCCUGGACAGAACUCGUCACAUGUAGACGUUCCUGGACACGUACCUGAGGAGGAUGAGCCCAUUGAUGGCGACAAGCAGGCCAAGAAGGACUUUUACGAUGAUGAUACUCAAUUCUUCAUGGAUCAGUAA